CGCUCCUCCUGCCCCGAACACACAACGCCGUCGUCCGCCACUCGCAACCUCCCACGCCCCGCGCCCACCCGGUACACGUACUCCCCAACCCAGCACCAACCCUCCUCGUCACCACUCUCUCUUUACUUUCCCUCGCGCGCGCUCUCUCUUUCUCCAUUGCUGCCCCCUUGAUUCGCGCGCAGGAGGCCACGGCUCGCGCUCUCCCUUGCUGAUACGGCGGUGGUCUGCUCAGGCGCGUGGUGCGGCGGACGUUGGUGUGGUUUGCGGCUGUUGAUACUGCCGUGAGCUUGUGAUGGCGGCUGCGGUGUUCGCGGGGGAGGGGGCCGCCGCGCGCGGGGGGUGCUCGGCGGAAUGCGCCGGCGGGAUCGAGAGGCCGCCGGAUCUCGGGAGCAGGGCGCGCGCCGCCGGGGACGGGUGCGGCAAGCGGAGCGUGUACCUCAUGGAGUGCGUGCCGCUGUGGGGCUGCGCCGCGGCACGCGGCCGCGCCGCGGAGAUGGAGGACGCGUGCGCCGCCGUGCCGCGCUUCGCCGCCGUGCCGGCGCGGAUGCUCGCGAGCAGCCGCGAGCUGGACGGGAUCGGGGGCGACUUCGACGCCGCCGAGCUCCGGCUUCCGGCGCACCUGUUCGGCGUCUACGAUGGACACGGCGGCUCGGAGGUCGCAAACUACUGCCGGGAUAAGAUCCACGUCGUGUUAAGAGAGGUGCUGAAAGCUGGCAGGUGGUUGGAGGAAUUGGGGGAAGUAGGGGAGCUCGACGUGAAAGAACCAUGGGAGAAGGUUUUCGGUGAUUGUUUCCAGAAGGUAGACGACGAGGUGUCGGGGAAAGCGAGCAGGUUUUCCAAUGGCACCAGGGAGAUCCGUCCUGAGCCUAUUGCCGCUGAUAACGUGGGUUCCACCGCCGUUGUUGCCAUUGUCUGCUCUUCUCAUGUCAUAACUGCGAAUUGUGGAGAUUCACGCGUGGUGCUCUGCCGUGGAAAGGAGCCCAUUGCUCUGUCCGUCGAUCACAAACCUGAUAGGAAAGAUGAGCGUGCCAGGAUUGAGGCCGCAGGUGGAAAGGUCAUUGACUGGAAUGGUUAUCGUGUCUCUGGUAUUCUGGCAAUGUCACGGUCAAUCGGUGACCGAUACCUGAAACCAUUUCUGAUUCCAAAGCCAGAAGUCAGCAUUGUUGCUCGGGCAAAAGAUGACGACUGCCUCAUUCUAGCAAGCGAUGGUCUCUGGGAUGUCAUGUCAAAUGAGGACGCAUGCAAAGUUGCCCGGCGACAGAUCCUUCUGUGGUACAAGAAUAAUAACGACGGUGCGAAUUCCGAUGGAGGCAGCGAACCCACUAUGAACCCAGCUGCAAAAGCAGCCGCUGAUUGUCUCGUGAGGCUAGCGCUGUCGAAAGGGAGCGGGGACAACAUUAGUGUCAUUGUUAUUGACCUGAAAUCAAGAAAGAAGACCAAGGGCAAAACCUAACAUACCCAUAAUUCACCCGACUAGCUGACCAUGUCUGGAGUUUCGUCCGCUAGUCUGCUUCCCUUGCAAGAACGGCACACCUACUUUUUUUGUUUCUUCAGUCGUCUGCAAGAGCUGUAUGUGUAUAUGCUAAUAGGUCUACUUCCGAUAAUCUGAUGUAUGGGGUGCGUGUUGGCGUGUUUCUGUAUACCCCCUUAGCCUUUUGGUUUUGGGCUGUUCACACUUGAUUCUCAUCAGGUUCAGAACAGCCAUGUAAAUGUAGUGGUGUCUGCAUAAUAAUUGAGCCUUGUAAAGGACUGAGCAGCUGAUAUGAUCGUCGGAAGUUACAUGUGUAGCAGAAGA